AUGAAAUUCGGUAGACGUAUCAAGGAUGCGCUCUACUCUGAGUGGGCCGACCAGUACAUCGACUAUGGAGGUCUCAAAAAACAGAUCAAGGCCAACCUCCCGUGGAACGACACUGCCGAAGCCGACUUUGUACAGUCUCUCCAGAACGAACUCAACAAAUGCGAGACUUUUCAGUGCAACAAAUCGGAGGAGCUCAUGAACAAGAUCCAGUCUCUGGAGGAAGAAGUCAAGAGCUUGGUGGAGAGGGCUGGCUUUGCGAACGACGAUGACGACGACGAGGAGAGUGAGACGCCUGGAGAUGUAGAGAGGAAUGUGAGAGAUAGGAGAGACGAUGAUGGGGGCAGUGAUGAUGAGGGCGAGGACGAUGACGAUGCGAGCGACAUGUCCGCAGACGGCAUCGAAGAGAGGUUUAGGGAGCUCGAAGAGGAGGUUGCUACACUUGUCGCCGAUGUGCACGAUCUGGCACUCUUCACCAAGCUCAACUUCACCGGGUUCAUCAAGAUUGUGAAGAAGCAUGAUAAACUCACAGGUUUCAACCUGAAAAACGUCUUCAACCGUCAAGUCCUGGAGGCCCAUCCGUUCUACCGCAUGAACUAUGACCCUCUCAUCGUCAAGCUCUCCAAGCUUUUCGACCUUGUCCGCACUCGAGGGCAUCCUAUAGAAGGUGACGCUUCCGCUGGUGGGAGUCAGAACGCUUUCGUCAGGAGCACCACAAAGUACUGGGUUCAUGACGAAAACAUUGUCCCAUUGAAGCUUGCUAUUAUGAAGCACCUUCCGGUACUCGUCUUCAACGCCGAUAAAGAGUUCUCGCAGGCCGACUCGGCCAUCACCUCGAUCUAUUUCGACAACGAAGAACUCGAGCUGUAUCUCGGUCGUCUGGAAAAGACUGAGGGAGCCGAAGCUAUCCGUAUGAGGUGGUACGGCGACGUCACUGGCACCACUAUUUUUGUCGAGAGAAAGACGCACAGAGAAGACUGGACCGGUGAAAAGUCUGUCAAGGAGCGAUUCACCAUCAAGGAAGGCAAGAUGAACGACUUUAUUGCUGGUCGCUAUACUGUAGACGCCGAGUUUGACGAGCUGGUCAAAAAGGGCAAAAAGACGGAGAAAGAGGCCGAGGGCAUGAAGCAGUUGGCGAAUGAGAUUCAGUAUGCGAUCCUGACCCGAAAACUUCGACCAGUCAUGAGAACCUUCUACAACCGAACUGCAUUCCAGCUUCCUGGCAAUGCCUCUGUCCGAAUAUCCCUCGACACGGAGCUCGACAUGGUUCGAGAAGACAACUUUGACGGCCGCGACCGUACGAAUGGCAACUGGCGUCGAACCGAUAUCGGGAUUGACCACCCCUUCAAGCAAAUCCCCGACUCUGAGAAGGAGCUCUUCCCUUAUGGCGUCCUCGAGGUAAAAUUGGCCACCAAGGUUGGCGAAGAACCGCCCGAGUGGAUUCGAGACUUGAUCAAUUCACACCUUGUGGAGGCUGUGCCCAAGUUCUCCAAGUUCAUUCACGGAUGCGCGAGCCUUCUACCGGAGCGUGUUGACCUGGUGCCUUUCUGGCUUCCCCAGAUGGACCAGGACAUCCGAAAGCCCGUGUCCUCCAAGUCUCGUGUCCUGAUCGAGCGACCCCAUUCCAACAUCCACUCAAACGCGAGUCCCAACUUAUCUGCAACGCACUCUCCCAAUGGCGAGCAGAGCACUGCUUCUCAAACUUCAUACCACGAGCCUGUUUCCGAGGGUGAAGACGAAGAAGAGUUCCUUGUGCACUCUGCCAAGAAUGAGGAGGACUAUCUCAGGCUUCCCUCGGGUGUUGCUGCCCAAGCGCGUGCAGCGAGAGAGCACCGAGAAGCCAAGCUCCGAGAUGAAGCCUCCAAACAUGCUGGUAACUUCCGGGCUGGUGACGGUGAACAUGAGGCAGAGUCUUCCUCUGCAGCCGGCUCGUCUCGACCCCCUCGCAAAGUCAACAAGUACGACCCCAGUCUCAGGAUAGACCCUCUUGCGCCUAGUAACAGGUUUGACAAGGACGUUCAGUUGUUGGAUGACAAGAGUAUGAGAAAGCUGAAGGAUGCCGCGCGCGGGAAUGAUCGUCAGGAUCUCUCGGAUGAUGAAGAAGAGGAGGAGGAGGAGGAGAAUGGGGAUACGGUCAUUUAUGUUGACCAAUUCCGCGCACCCGCGGGCAAGAAGAUUGCGAUCCCUGUGCGCGUCGAGCCAAAAGUCGUGUUUGCCGCAGAGAGAACGUUCUUGAAGUGGGCUCACUUUGCCAUCCUCCUAUCGGGUGUCUCGAUUGCCCUCCUCAACUUUAUCGACCCCUCCGACCCCGUGGGAAUGAUCUCUGCGGCCUGCUUCACUCUCACUGCCCUUGGUGCCAUCGUGUACUGUGGCGGGAUGUAUGCUUGGAGAAUCAUCAAGAUGCGCAAGAGGGAGGCGGUGAAUUACCAUGAUACCUGGGGCCCUACGGUCCUGUGUGGGGCCUUGAUUGGAAGUGUGCUGGUGAACCUGGUCUUGAGGCUGAGAGAGCUCUGA